GGAAACAGCUAGCAGUUAGCUAAGAGCUAGCCAACGUUAGCUAGUCAGUAUCCAGCAGCCGUAGCGCAGACAAACUCGUGUCCCUGCCACAUACCAAUGACAGGGACACGGAACUCACAGAUAUGCGCCUGGACAUUCACUGAUAUUUGGCUGGCUAGUUUACCUGUCUUUACCGCCAACACUGUGUAAAGCUAUCUCUGAUCUGAAAAGCGCUGUGACUCAACUCUCGAUUAUGGAUCCUGAACGACAGAAACGAAGAGAGGAAAUUCAGAAAGCCAUGAGCUUUAUCCAGUCAUCAUUGCCUUUCCCAGAGCCAGAGAGUUAUGAGGCAUUUUUGACCCAGUUGGUGUGCAACUUGCUGGACGAAGGCAAUUCCUGCUUUCGAGAUGGGGACUGUCGUCAGGCAACCCAGCAGUACGGGGAGGGGAUCAGUGUUGCACGUUACGCUCAGGCGGAGGCCCUCGUCAUCCCCCACGAGCUGCUGGAGAGCCUGUAUGUCAACCGGGCUGCUGCCUGCUACCAGACGAGGGAGUAUGAGCGUGGUAUCCAGGACUGUGACAGUGCGCUGUGUGUGUCAGAAGGCAGUCGCAGGGCUUUGUACCGCAAAGCAAUCUGUCUGAGGGAGCUGGGGCGACUCAGAGAGGCCUAUGAGUGUGGAACCAAAUGUCUCCUCACAGCACCACACGACAGACAAGUGAGUGAACUGGCCCAGGAUCUGGCCACUAAACUGGGCUUGAAGGGCCGUAAGGCUUACGUCAGCCCACAGACAGAGUCCACAGCAACAGAGGGGGAGAAUCAUGGGGAGACGUCCCCACCCACAGGAGAGAUGUCCUCCAAUGGGCUGGAAUCUUUGGGUGACAUUGGACCAGCGGACCUGGCUAACGCGCAGUGCAUCCCUGCUCCUUUGGCCACACCCAUCCCAGUCAGCGAUGACCCGGCGACCCCUGUGGUGACCCCGUGCACUGACCUGUCGGAGAGCCCCAGCAGCCAGGGCCUGCCUCCCAUGCCGUACUCCGUCCCCGUGUCGGAGCACAUGGAUGAAUGCAGCAGCAGCGUCAUCAAGGACGAGUUAGACAGUCUGCUGGACUGCAUCCCCAAGAAAGUCAGUGAGAAUCCAGUCCAGGGUGCUAUCCCCACCAACCUCCCGAACACGGCGGUGGGUCUCCGGCCUCCGUACUCCCCGAACCUUCCGGCCCCGUCCCCCCAGCUGCCAUCAGCCUUCUUCAGCUCCACCAUCGGAGACUUGCCCUCUCUGGAACCGUACCCGCAGCUGGCCCAGCGGGACCAGGGCUCCACCCAGGCGCAGGACGCACUGGGAGGCUUCCCCACAGAUGGAGAGGGGAAGGCAGGAGUCGCUGCUGGCGGGCUGGACUCGCUGUCUGAAUACACUCUCCCUGGGGGACGAGUGUGUCACAGCUUCAUCCCGGGAAUGCGCAACCACAAUGCCGCACAUGCAAACGGUCCAGCAGGAACCAAUCUGUCUCUGCUCUCCAGGAAUCCUCUGGCAGCCACACACGAGUUUCGGCAGGCCUGUCAUGCCUGUUACAGCCGAAUAGGUCCAAGAGUGAUGGACUACAAGUAUCAGCCGGAGGCAGCACACCGCUGCAAGAGGGAUGUGCUGCUGUGCCGCCUCAAAAACGCAGAUGACCCCACGUGGAAGAGGAUUCGGCCAAGGCCUGCACGCAACAACUUCCUGGGGGCUUUUGUACUCUGUAAAGAGGUGCAGGAGCGUCAGGAGUGUCAGUAUGGCGAGAACUGUACGUUUGCUUACUGCCAGGAAGAGAUUGACGUGUGGACCCAGGAGAGGAAGGGCGCGCUGAGCCGAGAGCUGCUGUUUGAUCCGCUGGGCAGCACGGAGAGACGGGCGCUCAGCGUCACCAGACUGCUGCAGCUCCACAUGGGCAUGUUCAUGUUCCUCUGUGAGGAAUGUUUUGACAGUAAGCCUCGCAUCAUCAGCAAACGCAGCAAAGAAAACUUAGCAGUCUGCUCAAACCUCACAGCUCGACACCCGUUCGACGACAACAAGUGCCUGGUGCACGUGGUGAGGUCCGCCAAUGUGCGCUACAGCAAAGUGCGUCCCCUGCACCCUCUUUGCCAGUUCGACGUGUGUCGCCACGAGGUUCGCUACGGCUGCCAGCGUGAGGACAGCUGCUCCUUCGCUCACUCCGUCAUAGAGCUCAAAUGCUGGGUCCUGCAGCAGGAUACCGGUAUCACCCAUGAAGAGAUGGUGCAGGAGUCCAAGAGACACUGGCAAAGGCUGGAGCAGAAUGCACAGAAGCAGCAGAAGCCGAUCCACAUCCCCCAUCCGAGCAGCAGCCUACCUGCAGGAGGAGUCGGGGGAAUGGGGGGUGGGGGCGGAGGAGUAGGGGGAGAUGUCAUGGGAAUUCGGGGUGUGGGCCCAGGGGGUGGGUUGGGGGUGGGAGGUUUAGGAGCAGGGAUGGGACGAGGGCGACCCCUCAACCUGAAAAUGAAGUUUGUGUGCGGCCAGUGCUGGAGAGAAGGACAAGUCAAUGAGCCCGACAAGAAUCUCAAGUACUGCACGGCCAAAGCACGCCACAGCUGGACAAAGGAGCGUCGGGUCCUGCUGGUGAAAUCAUUUGAGAAGAAGAAGUGGGUUGUUGUUCGUCCUCUGCCCUUCUCUCGCACCUAUCCACAGCAAUAUGACAUGUGUGUGCAUGUGAUGAAGCAGAAGAAGUGCCACUAUAUUGGGAACUGCUCAUUUGCUCACAGUCUGGAGGAGAGGGACGUCUGGACGUACAUGAAGAACAACAGCUUGAGAGACAUGCAACAGAUGUACGAACUGUGGCUGCAGCUCACCAAUCAGAGUAGACGCACAGAUAGCGCAGCUGUGACCCCGCCCCCAGAGGACAAGCAGGUCACCAUAACAGCAGAUUACACAGAAGGCAUGGGAGGCCGGCGAUUGUCAGACGGUGACGAUCUCUGAGUGUCGCUGCAUCGACUCGAGGCAGCUGAUCGCCGCUGAGCUGCAGACAGAGAGACAGGCCAGCCACACCAGCUUCAACCCAACAGUCUGUCAUCUCGCCAGUCUGACCUCCUCUAACAUCCAGCCAGCAGUGUGAGAGCAGAUGGACACACAGCGAAAUGGUCAACGCCACCACACACACACACACACACACACACACACACACACACACACACACACACA